AUGAGAGAGAUAAGAGAAGGUGAGGGAUCGGAAGUGGACUUGGCCACCGACGAUCGACGGCGAUGGGGGUUUGCUGGGUUGUGCGAUGACAAGUUUGCUGGGUUGUGCGAUGGGUCUUUGCAAAGGGAUGGGUUCUGCGACGGGGUGUAUCUGCAAGAGGAGGGAAUUUUCGAUGGGGUGGGGCUUGAUAUCAAAUGGGGUGGGGUUUGA